UGGGAGGGUCCACGGACAGCGUGUCGAAGGCUGGACCGGGAGGUGUGUCGGAGCGACAGCGGUGCUUCAGUCCACCGUGAAGCGGCUCUGGCUCUUCACAUCAGUCAGACAGCAGCUGGAGGAAGUUGUGAUGAGCGCAGGUUGCAACUUUCUGCGCUACUUUGGCUCCUGUUUGGAUACAGCGUGUCCUCCAGCCAGGCUUUUGGGAAUUCACUUCCAACUCUGCAGUUGUGCUCUAAAUUUAUUUCCGCAAUGGACGAGGACAGCAGCGUCUUGUCCGAAUUGAAGGAUUUAGAGACAAAGUUGGGUCGGAAAGUUCCGGACAGUCUCGCUCGGUCUCUCGCCGGCGACAAGCACGAGAAGUCUGCGUCGUCACAUUCAGCCACCCGCAAACUGUGGGCUAAUUCUGCGGAUUUGGAAAGACUGGAGAGCAAAAUGCUGUUGCUCAAACAAGAAAUGGCAAAUCUGCGAGCCAUCGACGUGAAGCUGAUGCAGCAGCUUAUGUCCAUCAACGAGGGCAUCGAGUCCAUCCGCUGGAUGAUAGAGGACAAAGGAGGUGUUGCCAGCCAAGAAGGCAGCCUGACAGGCAGCUUGUACAGCCUGUCAGACAGCCAGGACGGUGCCUCACUGCGAGGCAGCUUCAACAGUUUGAAUGAUGGCAACAGUGACGGUCUGGACGGUCUGUCUGUGGGGAGUUACCUGGACACUCUAGCAGAAGACCUCCCAGAUCAUCCCUCACCUACGGACCUCGAUUGUUUUGUAGAGAAAACUGUAAUCGACGGUGACGCCUUCAGCAAAUCGCCUCUGAAACUCAGGGUGGAAUCAGACGAAUACUACUGCUUUGGAUAGAGCUGAUAAGCUAAACGUGGUGGUUACAGACACUACUGAGAUACUGAGAGAGUGUUUUGUGAAGACACAUUUUCAAAAGCAUUCUUCCCUUUUCACACAGCUGCCAGAUUGUUUUUUACACACGCUUAAUUUUUCUAAUUUUUAUAGCAACAGUCUUACCAACUAAUGUUACAUUUUACCUUGAAGCAACUUGACAGUCACAUUAAAUGCAACAUCUUAAUAAUGUCUUUGUCUUAUCAUGCCGAUUUAAGUCAGUUCAAAAGGUGCUCUACGGUGAUUGCAGAUGAUUUUUAUUAUUGAGUGUCCAAUACCUCUCAAGCCUAGUUUCAUCUUUCACAUUUUGUAGCUUAAAAGUAUUGAAGAAAGGCUGAAGAAAAGUAGCAGCAUCAGCUGUCCAGCAAAUUUCCCCCUCCAUCUGUGGAAAACUGGGCUCGUGUUAGUUAAACCACAAUCAGCUGAUCUCAGCAGAGGGGUAGAUUAGGAUUUAGCAGCCAUUUGGAAAAUUGGACAUUUCUUGCUGAGAGAUUCAUGAGGUUAUACUGUUUCAAGUGGCAAAGCCUUGAGUUUAAGUGUUACAGUAAGUGCAAUUUGAGUCCAUGCCAAAUUCUGAGCACCCCCUACUGUACAUGUGGAACUUUUAAUCAUUUUUUUACUGAUGGGAGUUUCUGAGCUAAACUCCUCUCAGCAACAGCAGAAUUUGCAGCAUGUUGUCUCACACACAAGAGAUUAGUUGCACAUUCAAAGCACAGACGCUUGACUGAAAACCAAAGCAAUUUUGAUUGUCUUAAAGAUAAUUUAAGCUUGAGGCAAAACCACGUUAACACCAGAUGGGAGAGUUAUUGAUGGUGGAUGUAUGUGAAGCACAUGUUUGCUUUGUGGGCACAUUUUUAAUUAUCUGCUGUUAAAAAGGGGGUUUAACAAGAGCUAUACAUUGCUGUAUAUAAAUGUGUUAUCUUAGCUUUAAACUCCUUAUGUUGAUUUGUUUGACAUGUAUUUUAUGACGCCCGCUUUUGGAAGAAAAAGCUGUUUUUAUUGUUUGCUUUGUUGUGGAAAUGAAAUAAUAUAUUGUGAUUUUUGUUUUCUUGCUCA